AAACAAAGAAAAAAAAACACAAGCAUUUUCUGAAAAUAUGAAUUUGGGACUUAUUAUAUUGUUAGGGUUUUCUGCUGCUUGUUUGUUAUGCGUUUCAUCCACAAGACAAAAUGCAGUGUUUCCUGCGAUUUUUGCAUUUGGAGAUUCGAUACUCGAUACAGGUAACAACAACAAUCUUCAAACACUAUCCAAGUGUAAUUUCUUCCCGUACGGAAGAGAUUUUAUCGGCGGAAAAGCUACAGGAAGAUUCGGAAAUGGAAGAGUUUUAUCGGAUAUAAUCGCCCAAGGAUUAGGAAUAAAAGAUCUUUUAUCAGCAUACCGAGACCCAAACCUUUCAAACAACGACAUUCUCAGUGGUGUUUGUUUUGCGUCCGGCGGAUCUGGAUUAGACGAUAUCACUGCACGAUCACAGGGAGUUAUAUCGAUAUCAGACCAAUUAAGUGACUUCAAAACAUAUCUGAAAAAGCUAAACAAUGUCACUGGAAGUGAAGAGAAAGCAAAAGAGAUUAUAUCCAAGUCUCUUUUUCUCAUCUCUGUCGGAAUUAACGAUUUUGCCCUCACGUAUUUCUCUAUUCUGUCGAGAAGAUCUCAAUACAACGUACCCGAAUACACCGAUCAAAUGAUCACUUGGACUAGAUCUCUCUUACAGAAUUUGUAUGAACUAGGAGCGAAAAAAUUUGCGGUGUCUGGAACGUUACCGCUAGGAUGCGCACCGGGGGUAAGAAAUAAUACCAUUGGAGGGUUAUGCAUUAACAGUAUAAACAAAGCUGUAGAAAUGUUUAACGGCAAGUUAUCUACUGAACUUAACAAUCUAAACGCAAAUCUCAUCGGUGCAAAGUUUGUCUACAUUGAUCUGUACAAUUCCGUUCUAGAUCUCAUCAACAAUCCUCGAAAAAAUGGGUUUAUUCAUGUGGCUGAUGGGUGUUGUUGUAUGUCUACGGUUCCAAUACCAUGCAUGGACGCAUCUCAAUACGUUUUUUGGGACUUUGGACAUCCGACCGAAAAAACUUACAAGACAAUUUCCCCGAGAAUCGUAAAGGAACUCAAGGACAAUCUCGCUUGAUAAUUUUCGAUUCUUAAAAUGUUAUAUCUUUCUCGUUUUUGUUUUCUAUGUGAUA